CGGGGCUCCGGUGAUGGGUGGGCGGUGCUGGCGGUGCUGGCGUCCGGGGGGGGCCCGGGGAGCGGCGGCCGGCGGCAGCGCAGCUCCUCCAGGGCCCGGACCCGCACAACUUGGCUCCCGCACCACCGCAUCAGCGACACUUGCAACAACCCACCCAUGGCCGGAGACUCUAGAAUCCCAAUGAACCAGGACAUGGAGAUUGGAGCCACUCCACGGGACUCCAAGAAGAUUCCCAAGCAGGUGCGUGAUGACGGCCCUAUCCCUACGGACCGAUCCCGACUCCUGGUGGAAGCCAAGAAGCCUCGCCAGCGCUACAUGGAGAAGAGCGGGAAGUGCAACGUGCAUCACGGCAAUGUCCAGGAAACCUACCGCUACCUGAGCGACCUCUUCACCACCCUGGUGGACCUCAAGUGGCGUUUCAACCUCCUCGUCUUCACCCUGGUCUACACCGUGACCUGGCUGUUCUUUGGCCUGAUGUGGUGGCUCAUCGCUUAUGUCCGGGGUGACCUGGACCACGUCGGGGACGUGGACUGGGUCCCCUGCGUGGAGAACCUCAGUGGUUUCGUCUCCGCCUUCCUGUUCUCCAUCGAGACGGAGACUACCAUCGGUUACGGCUUCAGGGUUAUCACAGAGAAGUGUCCCGAGGGGAUCGUCCUCCUGUUGGUCCAGGCCAUCCUGGGCUCCAUCGUCAAUGCCUUCAUGGUGGGCUGCAUGUUCGUCAAGAUCAGCCAGCCCAAGAAGAGGGCAGAGACCCUCAUGUUCUCCCACCACGCGGUCAUCUCCCUGCGGGACGAUAAGCUGUGCCUAAUGUUCCGCGUGGGCGACCUGCGGAAUUCUCACAUCGUGGAGGCCUCCAUCCGGGCCAAGCUGAUCCAAUCCCGGCAGACCAAGGAAGGGGAGUUCAUCCCCCUAAACCAGACAGACAUCAAUGUGGGCUUCGACACUGGGGACGAUCGCCUCUUUCUUGUGUCGCCACUCAUCAUCUCCCACGAGAUCAACGAGAAGAGCCCCUUCUGGGAGAUGUCCCGUGCCCGGCUGCAGCAGGAGGAGUUCGAGGUGGUUGUCAUCCUCGAGGGGAUGGUGGAAGCCACAGGCAUGACGUGCCAGGCACGCAGCUCGUACAUGGACUCGGAGGUGCUGUGGGGACACCGCUUCACACCUGUUCUCACUCGGGAGAAGGGCUUCUACGAGGUGGACUACAACAGCUUCCACGCCACCUACGAGACCCGCACGCCCUCCUGUUGUGCCAAGGAGCUGGCCGAGGCCCGACGGGAGGGGUGGCCCCCCAGGCAGCUCCCCAGCACCACCCUGCUGGGCGGCUGGGCCACGGAGGACGGGGUCCAAGAGGCGGAGGGGGAAGGAGCCAGGGACACCCCCGACGGAGAAGCAGAUGGCUCUGCCUGAUGCCCGGAUGCCGGAGGGACCGACCACUCGCCGCCUGCCCCCCAGUGGGGCCCAGCUCCUCACCACCCGGGGAUGCCCACUGCCUCCCUGGCACCUUCUGGGUUAGAAAGCUUCAUCGUAAGGCCCAGGUUCAGGGAUGGUGGCAUCCCAGCUUUGCCUCAUCUCGGGCCAGGCCAGUCCUCCUGGGAA